AUGGAUUACGUUUUAAAUUAUAACCAUACAUCAUCUUCCGUUGAUUUUCAUGAUUUAGAUGAUGAUUUCUUAUCGGUACCCAAAUCUUCAUCAAUAAAUAUGGGUAUAUUAAAAAAAUUUGGGCUCCAAAAAAUUAGAGAAAGUUUCAGUGCAAAAUUUAGUCAGCAACAGCCAAUGAUUAGUGCCGAUUUUUAUAAAUACACAAAUGGUACCAAUUCUGAAACUAAUACCACCACAGCAACCAGCAGAACUGGACUAGUUCCCACCACAUUAGCUACUAGUAAUGGAACAAUAUUCGAUGACCAAAAAAAAAUACUAUAUCCGUUUUCUAAAAAUGCAAUGAAUUACUUGAAACAAAGUGUCUAUGAUGAUGAAAAUAGUUACAAACUUUAUUUAAAGUAUGGUGGAUGGGAUCACGAUAGAAGGGGUGGUUAUAAAAUGUACAACAAAACUAGUAGUAGCACCGAUGGUCCUGUUAAUAAUACUAAUAACACUAUAGAUGGAAAUGAACAACUACAACAACAAAGCAAUAUUUCUCAAAAUAAAAACAUAAGCACAGCUCAUGUUUCACCAAAGGCAACACCGACUUUAGAACUCAAAAGAAACGAUAACAAAGACAACAACAAAAUAUCCGAUAACUCAAAUCAUGAAAACAAAAGCGCAAACACAUUUUUGACUAAUCUAGUUGAUAUGACUAGUGGUCAUUAUAUAACAAUAGCAGAACCCAUUCCAAUGUCAGCGCAAAACGAAGAUAAAAUCCAAGAAGAAAACGAAGACAAAAGUGAAGAAAACAACCAACACCAUCAAGUGGUAUCAGAAGAUAGAUUAUCUGAUGAAAUGUGUAUGAAUUUUGAUCCUGUCGAGGUGGUGCUAAAAACCAUGCAAUUAAAAGGGAAACCAACAACAUCAUCGAAUAAACACAAGUGGAAAAAACAGCUUAGACAACUACAAAAAAAGCUCUUGCAUAAAACUGAAAAAGAAACAAAUAGCAGUGAGUUUAUGCGUGAAUUGGAAAAAUUAAUAAAAAAUAAAAAAGCCACUAUCAAAUCAUUUUCAAAUUUAUUGUCUAUUUUGGCCAAGUGGCAACAAGAUCAAAAGGCCCGUUCUUUGGAAGAGUUGUCAAUGAAUAUCUUGGAUGAUUUGAACUUAUUAUUGAAUAAUACUUUCCAAAAUGAAGUGAAAAUAUAUGAAAAACUAGAGUUAUUGGAUGAAUGGCUCUACCAAUUACGUAUUAGAGAGGCUUCUUUAUUCAGUUCCCAAGCAGUUGCCAUUCAGGAACUUAUUAAAAUAAAAAAACUGAAAAGAGAAGGUGACCCAGAUUUCUCCUUUUUAAAGAUGGAUUAUGAUAAAGCUAAAAGUUCCACGGAAUAUGACGGUCAGGAAUACAACAGGUUCUUGGUUAUGACGGGCAAAAUGUUAUUAAGUAAUUUUUGUUUAGAUUUAAAUUCCAGUUAUAAUGAAUGCAGUACAGUUACAGAAAGGCUAUUUUUUAGGUCUUUCACAGAUUUGGCAUUGAUAUAUCCUUUUAUUAUGAAACAGAAAGUUGGUGAAUAUCAUAGAUAUAACGCUCUAGAAAAUUUUGAUUUCAGUAAAAACUCUGUUGAUAAGCUAAUUAUACUACACACUGAAUAUUCUCAAUUACACGACAAUGCAUUUCCAAGUCCAGCCAUUACCGAAUUUUUAAACAAUUUUGAUAUCAAUGAGUUGUCUUCGGCACAGGAAGAUAGACAACAACGAGAAGGUACUAACGAAGAUUUUUCUGAAGAAACAAGCUUGACGUCAAAAAAAAGUUUUGUGCAACAAAAUAUACAAGCUAAUGAAAAUACCUUAGCAAAUGGUUCCACUUCAGAUAAGGAAAAUACCAUCACAAAUGAUAACAUCAUCGCUUCCAAUGCAAGCAAACAAAUAAGAGAUAGAGAUAAUGGUAAUAUUAAAACGAAAAGUGGGGGGAAUAAAAAUCCGUUAACAAACCAUCUUAAUGAAAAUAACAACAAUGGUGUCCAUGAUAAUAAUGAAAAAAAGAAUGGUAAUAAGACUUUGGUUGAAAACGAAAAUAAAAGGAAUAUAUCUUCACAAGCUUCUAAUUCAAAAAAUAAAACACUAGAUCCUAAAACCAUAAUUGCACCGGAUUUGGAGGAUUUGCCCUCCUUAGAGUCAUACUCCAUCAACGAUUUUGAGGAUGAAAAUGCGAGUGGUGUUGUUGAAAAUCUAGCAGAUAAUAGUUCUAAUGUGGCUGCCCCAAUUGGUACCGAUAGGUCCAAGUUUGCAAUUAAUUUUUUUAACAAAUCUAUUUUAACAACUCCACUUUUUAAUAAAAAACAGUUGGGAGAAAGUGACAUACAAAAAGCCAAUCCUGAUCUUAACAGCAAUGUUGAUAGCGAAAGGAAAAAUGAUCAUAAUGUACAACGAUCUGAUCCAUUAGAAUCUAAUCAUUGGGCUUAA